AUGCAUUGUCGAUUACCUCAUUACAAGAUUUUCUUACAAUCAGGUCAACAACAACAACAACAACAACACUUAUUAAAUCGUCCAGAUCGCAAUAAUUACAAUCAUCAACAAAAUAAUCAUUCAACAUAUUAUGAAUCACCUGAUUAUUAUUAUAGAAAUUCACAUGCCCAGACAUCUGCACAACAACAACAAGCAAAUAAUAACCUAAUAUGUUAUCAAUAUGGUGGUGCCUCCAUCAAUUAUAUUCAUUAUCCAUCACCUUUACACUUUAUUCAUGUACCUGUUAAUAAUCGAAUAAUGGAAGUACUCCUGGAUACAGGUGCAACCGACAGCAUCAUCCAGCAAGCAUCUCUUGCUAACAUACAACAUCAACAAUUUUAUCCGUUAAAAAUUCAACAUAUUCGAACAUAUGUAACAGCAGCAGUUACAAAAACUUUAUGUUGUGAUCUUAUCUUAGUUGAAGAUUGGAUCAAGUAUUAUCGGGCAACAAUAAAUCUUUUUAAAAAUAGGCUUGAAAUUUUAGGAAAUAAAGCUGCAGUAUCUCUUCAACCAUCAUCUAUUAUACCAAAUGAUAAAAAUGAUCGUGUUCAUCAUGGUAAUCAAUAUUGUAAAAAUUAUCAUAUUAAUCAUGAUAAUCGAUAUUAUAAAAGUUAUAAAUCUAUACCAAAUCAAUAUGUACCUAAAAUACGGCCGUGUGUUAACACAAUUAAUACUUCAACGACGAGGAAGGUUCGUAAAACUCGAUUAAGAACCGGUAAAUUAAAAGAAAAAUAUUCAUCUUUAUCAUCAAAUAUAAAUGAGGUUGCAACUUCAGCUUCAUCAGUACGUACAAGUAUUAAUUCAACAUCAUCACCAUCAAACAUUUCAGGUAAAGUUCCGUCAGUAUAUAAUGAAUUUAGUAUGAGGAAAUUAAAGGAAGAACAAAUGAAGGACUUCAAAAUUCAAGGAAAAAUAAAGUAUCUAGUUAAUAAUGAAGCUUAUGACAUUACUGAUGGUAUUAUUUAUAAAUUAGUUCCACGUGGUAAAACAAAAAUUAAACUGCCGUGGAUCCCAAAAUCAAUGAUCAACCAAGUACUUCUUCAUCAUCAAGAUCGUCAUACGACAGUACAUCUAGGAAAUAAUAAAACAUCACAUAAAUUGAUGAACAAGUAUUACUGGCCGAAUAUGCAUAAUACAAUAACUAAUUAUCUGCAAGCUGAUAUGAAACCAAACCAAUAUUACGACAAGGUGAAACAAACAAGAAAAUUAAUUCUCAAUCAUGUCGAGUUAAAUACUGAACAUCAAACUAAAUCAGCGAAGAGUCUAUACGAUAAAAAUCGAUCUGAUCCGAAAUACAUUAAAGAUGAUUUAGUUUUGUUACGAGUUAUUAAUAGAAAAUCGAAAUUUCAAAACAAAUACGAAGGUCCUUAUCAAAUCAUUGAUCAAAAGGGGCCCUCAACGUUUAUCGUAAAACUCGAAGAUUCAGAUAAUGAUCAUAAUCCAAAUUAUACAAAACAAGUGAUAACGUCUGAUACGAAACAUAUAUUUAUUCGUGAAAAUUUUUGUCAAGUCAUUAUUUUUAUGUAUCAAUGA